CAUCAAUGGUAGCGGCAUACUGUUUUGUUGUACGGCACAACUAUAUAAGGCACUGACAACUCGCCCGAAUGAGAGGAAGAAAACCAGACCACUCAUCUAUUCAUUCGUUUUUUCUCCUCCAGUCCUUCCAUUCUUUUUUCAUUUCUCAGAUCUUGAGAACACUUUCAUUCAACUCUCAUGCCUUCUUUCUUCACUCUGUUGGCCUGCAGCCUGGCUGCUGCUGGGGCUUCCCUCGUGUCUGCCUCCCCCAUUGAGGCGCGCGGCAGUUGCACUUUCACCACCGCUGCUGCUGCUAAGGCCGGCAAGGCUGGCUGCUCGAGCAUCGUCCUCAGCAACAUCGCUGUUCCCGCGGGAACCACACUAGACUUGACUGGUCUCAAGAGCGGCACUCAUGUUACUUUCGAGGGCACCACCACUUUUGGUUAUGAGGAAUGGGCAGGUCCCCUGAUCUCAAUGAGCGGUACUAGUAUCACCGUCAGUGGUGCCUCCGGUCACCUCAUCAACUGCGAUGGCUCUCGCUGGUGGGAUGGCAAGGGAACCAACGGAAAGAAGAAGCCCAAAUUCUUCUAUGCCCAUGAUCUGGACUCCUCCUCCAUCACCGGCCUUCAGAUCAAGAAUACCCCUCUCAUGGCCUUUAGCAUUGAGGCCAACGAUAUCACUCUGACGGAUAUCACCAUCAACAAUGCUGAUGGUGAUAGCCUGGGCGGUCACAACACCGACGCAUUCGACGUGGGUAACUCGGUUGGCGUGAAUAUUAUCAAGCCCUGGGUCCACAACCAGGACGACUGUCUCGCAAUCAACUCUGGCGAGAACAUCUACUUCACCGGCGGAACCUGCAUCGGCGGCCACGGUCUCUCCAUCGGCUCCAUCGGAGGCCGCUCCGACAACACCGUCAAGAAUGUCACCAUUGAACACUCCACCGUCUCUAACUCCGAGAAUGCUGUCCGCAUCAAGACCAUUUCCGGCGCCACCGGCUCUGUGUCUGACGUCAAGUAUACUAAUAUUGUUAUGUCCGGUAUUACCGACUACGGAGUCGUCAUCCAGCAGGACUACGAAGACGGCAAGCCCACCGGCGAUCCCACGAACGGUGUGUCGAUUACUGAUAUUACGCUGGACGGUGUCACUGGUAGUGUGGCCAGCGGUGCGACGGAGGUCUACCUCCUGUGCGGUAGCGGUAGCUGCAAGGAUUGGACCUGGGAGAAUGUCCAGGUCACUGGUGGCAAGAAGUCCAGCGCUUGCAAGAAUUAUCCUUCUGUUGCUUCUUGCUAAGUUGGUGGAGCAUCGUGAAUUCAGGUGAUCGGUCUAUGUACCAGUUUCACAAACCCCCUUUUUGCAGACUUACUCGAUCUCCAUUGCUAUCUUCCAAGCCACUGGUUGACAGUGAUUCGUUUCAAUUAUACAUAACUGUAUCUUUUUUUUUCUUAU